AUGAGUGCUGAUAUGACGCUAACAGAGCUACAUAAACUGUUAAAACGUGAAAUCCAGUCAUCCAAAGACGAAAUACAGAGCAGCAUCAUGGGAAUGAAAAACGAGCUGCAAAGGCUGAGCUGUGAAGUGGAUGAAGUUAAACAGUCCCAAAGUUUCAUAAAUGCAGAAUUUGAGAAUUUUAAGAAAAGUAUCACCACUACAACAGAGGGGAUAAAACGUAUGGACGUGGACAUGACCUCUCUAAAGGCCAGUCAGGUACAUAUUUCAUCGCAACUGGUUUCCAUGGACCGUGAUAUCAGUUACAUCCAGCAAGAACAGUUAUCCAACAAUAUGUUAAUAUCGAAUGUAAUCAAAACUGCCGAUCUUUGUGCUAUUGUAUGUAAAAUAUGUGAGCUUCUGGAAAUUGAGCUGCUUUCUCGCGAUAUUUUUACCAUCACCCGUUUAACGACAAGGAAUACAAAGCAAAUUGAACCGAUCAUAAUUCAAUUUUCUAAUCGCAUCGUGAAGGAGAAAAUAAUGGCUGCUGCUAAGAAUAUCACUCUGUCGUGCCGGAAUCUCGGAUUCCCUAUUGACCAGCGUAUCUAUUUCAACCACCACUUAACGGCAAAAAAUCAAUCUUUGUUGAAAGUUGCAAGAACCUACAAAAGGCAGUACAACUACAAAUUCGCAUGGUUCAACAAGGGAUAUAUCUAUAUCAAGAAAGACGAAAAUUCUUCCGCUUUACGGAUCCUAUCGAGAGAGGAUCUACCUUCGGGAAUGGAACAAUAA